AAUUGCCGAUUAAAAAUGGCAACUUUGGUUGCAAUGCCCAAGAUCCGGAUGAAGAUUAGAGCUUUCCCAGCAGAUGUUUUCCCUCCAUUUUUCCCUCAAUCCCACAACAAAUCCUCAGUCUUCCAUGGGAGGAGGAGGAGUUUCUCGGUCUCUGCUAAGUCGACCCAACACCCAGUACGCGUACGCUUCGCUCCUUCUCCCACCGGGAACCUCCACGUCGGUGGAGCUCGAACUGCGCUCUUUAAUUAUCUGUUUGCCAGGUCCAAUGGAGGGAAGUUUGUUUUGAGAAUUGAAGACACUGAUUUGGAGAGGUCUACUAAGGAAUCUGAGGAGGCUGUCUUACAUGAUCUCUCUUGGCUUGGCCUCAAUUGGGAUGAAGGACCUGGUGUGGAUGGAGAGUAUGGACCAUACCGACAAUCAGAAAGAAAUUUGUUGUACAAACAGUAUGCUGAGAAGCUUGUAGAAUCUGGUCAUGUCUAUCGCUGCUUUUGCUCUAGUGAGGAACUAGAGAAAAUGAAGGAGAUUGCAAAACUAAAACAACUGCCACCGGUAUACACAGGGAAGUGGGCCAAUGCAACAGACAAAGAAGUACAAGAAGAGCUGGAAAGAGGAACUCCAUACACAUAUCGUUUUCGUGUGCCAAAGGAAGGGAGUUUAAAAAUCAAUGACCUUAUUCGAGGCGAGGUCAGUUGGAACCUGAACACUCUUGGAGAUUUUGUAAUUAUGAGAAGCAAUGGUCAACCAGUGUACAAUUUUUGCGUCACAGUUGAUGAUGCGACUAUGGCCAUCUCACAUGUUAUUAGAGCAGAGGAGCAUUUACCAAAUACUCUAAGGCAAGCAUUAAUAUAUAAGGCUCUAGGAUUCCAAAUGCCAGACUUUGCACAUGUUUCCUUAAUUCUUGCCCCUGAUCGGAGUAAGCUGUCAAAGAGGCAUGGUGCAACUUCUGUAGGCCAGUACAGGGAGAUGGGCUAUCUACCCCAGGCAAUGGUGAACUACUUGGCACUGUUAGGUUGGGGUGAUGGCACUGAGAAUGAAUUCUUCACCCUUGAGAAGCUAGUUGAGAAAUUUACAAUUGGUCGCGUCAACAAAAGUGGUGCCAUUUUCGACUCGACCAAAUUAAGGUGGAUGAAUGGUCAACACUUAAGAGCACUUCCAUCUGAGGAGUUGACAAAGCUUAUUGGUGAGCAGUGGAAGAAUACUGGCCUCCUUACCGAUUCAGAGGGCUCAUUUGUUGAAGAGGCAGUAGAGCUGCUCAAAGAUGGGAUCGAUUUAACACCAGAUUCAGAUAAAGCCCUCUCCAACUUGUUAUCUUAUCCUUUACAUGACACCUUAUCCAGUGCUGAAGCCAAACCAGUCUUAGAAGACAAACUCUCUGAGUUUGCUGCCAGUUUUAUAGCUGCUUAUGACAGCGGUGAGCUCGCUGGUGCACUUGAAGAAGGCCAUGCUGGUUGGCAAAAGUGGGUUAAGAGCUUUGGCAAAUCACUGAAGCGCAAGGGAAAAUCACUGUUUAUGCCUCUCCGAGUGCUGUUAACAGGAAAGUUCCAUGGCCCAGAUAUGGGGACUAGCGUGCUUUUACUGCACAAAGCGGGAAAGUCUGGUAUUAUUGCACCUCAAGCCGGGUUUGUGACAAUAGAUGAAAGGUUCAAAAUAUUGAGGGAAGUUGACUGGGAAGCAUUCAUCAAGGAUCAGCCUCUCCUGGAGACUGCCACCAUUGUAUCAAACUGAGAGGACGCAGUUUUCACCGGCUUUUUUUUUACUUUGGCUUCAAAAGAGGUUUCGGUGACUCUGUUAGGAAAAGAUAGCGUCUUCCCAUAUCAGCACAAUUCGGGGAAGCUACAAAGCGCUUCACAGAUCCAAUGGAGCGAUGUCUCCUCGUGUAUGUGCUCGAUUUCCGUCAUGUUAUAUAUUUGUGAAACAGGUACUAUACCAAUAGCUGCAUAAAAGGAUCUGAACACAGAUAGAAAUUAUAGAAAGAACAAGCUUAAUCUACUGCUGGAUAACUUCAA